CACUUCUUGCAGUAUUUCGUCGCUAUUCGACCAAAGUGGACGCACUCUCCACGCAGCCAGGAGCCAGUAGGCAGUAUUCAAUUAUGGCAACGGUUAAUAUAUAUCAACGCACUGUGUCACAGACAACGGUGGGUUAUUCACCGCUGCCCGAGCCAAAUCAGGAGCCGCGCAUAUUGUCAGCAAUGCCACAACGCCAACAGUUGCUCUACCAACAACCAACAAGCUGUUGUAUGCGAGAUCUGCGCAAUCGGCCACAAGCAAAUGCUUUAGGGGCUGCGGCGCUUAUCUUUCUAUCAGGUGGCAUGAACAUUGCCUGGAGUACAGGCUUUGACAGUCUAGGCGAUGAGAUGCUCAUAUGCUGGCAUUUGCGUAGCUGUUGGUUUAUAGCCGCCAUAGUGGGCACCCUGCUGAGUUUGCUAAUAGCCCGUCAACUGAGCUACAAGCUGUUAAUGCAAUUGAGCUGCAUGCUGGUGAUCAUUGGCGGCAUUAUUUUGAGCUCCCAACAGCUGAACGUACAGGCUUUGUUCGCGGCACGUUAUCUCAAUGGCAUAGCGAAUGGCUUGGUGCUGCCCACAACACUGGCCAUGGCUGGCGAAUUGGCUGUGUGCUAUAAACGAGGCAGCAUUGCAUCUGCCACGGAGCAAAUGUGCUGCAGCUUGGGCAUCUUUAUGCAGAUUGUCCUUAGCGUUAGCUGGAGCAAUGAAAAUGAUCUCUCCAUCGACCAGAUACAGGGCGUACUAUGUGCUCUUUAUGGUGGGAUUGCCUUGGCGCUGGCUACAAUCUUCAGCGUGGAGUCGCCGGUGCAGCUACUACAGCAAGGCGACGAGGAACAGGCCAUUGAUGCGUUGAUACGCUUGCAGUAUCCCAGAGCUGUUACCUUGGAAACCAAUGAACAGCUAACGGAGCAUAGCUCCUAUGUGGAACACAAUGCGCAUUUGAGCUUAGCUGAUGCUUGGUGCCAGGCCUUGCCCGCCUUGUUGCGUAUCACCCUGUUGCGCGUUCUUUACGCAAUGAGCGCCAGCAUGUUGGUCAGUGUUACACUCACGCUCACCAGCAUCAGCGUUUAUGGCUUAAACACAGGUCCUUAUGUGCUGUUUGGGCUGCUUCGUUUGGCGGGUAGCGCAAGCGGUGCCAUUGUGCUGGAUACGCUUGGACGCAAACUACCGCAACUCUUAGGCUUUAUGAUCGCCGGCGGCACGUGCGUAGGACUGGCCAGUCGCUUUCCCAACGAGGAUCUUCCGAAGCAGUUCGACUUGAAGGUGGCGCUUUGGCUGUUGCUUAUGUUUCAGUUCUUUGCUGGCGUGGGCUUUGCGCCCAGCUCAACAUAUUUAGCUGAAGCCUUUCCCCUGCCUGUAAAACGUAUUUGCAUUGCCAUGGUUUAUAUUAUGGAGCUGGGCGUACAACUGGCAAUCUGUAGCGUCGAUUUCAGCGUGCAUGUCAAUACUGUAUUCUUCUAUGGACUGGGCAUAUUUAUGCUGCUGGGCUUUCUCUUUAGUCAUUGGUACUUACCGGAGACCAAGUUUAUGACGCUGCGGCAGGCACAGCUAAGGUUUCGUGACUUUUCGUGAUUCAGCCUAAAAGUAGGCAACAUAAAAGACUUUCUAUCACUUAGUGUUAAGAUACCUACAUAUCGACGCAUUUCCGCGAAAGUAUCGUAUGUCGCUUUUUAUUGAAAUUGAGAUUAUAAUGCAAACAUGUUCUAAAUCCUAUCUCUUAUAAUCUGGAUAAAUAUUAGAAUGAUGUUCUCUAUAGUUAUAAAGAUACAAUGAUUUACUCCUUAAGGCUACACCAGAAAUAAACCAUUAUAAACGCUCUCCUGUAAAA